GAGUGUUUUGAGUUAGAUAGAACAGCAACAGCUGUUGAAAAUGGGAAUACUUUUCAGAUUUAAAGUAAUGCUAAUUAGUAUUACUUUGUUAUGAUUUAAUUAAAAUAUUUCUAAUUAGAUCAUAUUUUUUCAAAUCAGCUAUGUAAUUCGCGGCGCUCCGUCUUCUUAGAUCCUUGGUCUUGGAUUUGUUUUCGAAGAACAUUCUCCAUCCAAUUUAUAGACGGCGAUGGCUAGUGGUAAAGAAACUUAUUACCGGAAGAGAGGAUACAGUAGGGUUCAUGUAAAAACAUGGACCAUUCACUUGGAAAAGGAUGGCUUCGUGCCAUGCUCCUUUCAAAAUUGCAAAUUCAUGGCCUUCAACAUAGUAGAAAUAAAAAAUCAUUAUAAUACUUGUAAAGGGGAGGUGUUCCAGGCACCAUACGAAUGUGUUUAUUGCAAAGGUCUGACAGAGCAUGCUGACAAAUUGGAGGAGCACAUUUUGCGUUUCCAUGGACACAGUACGUCCACAGCCAGCAGAAAUGUCCACAACAUUGAUACAAAAAGAUCAAAAGAACCCGAUGAAGAAUUAUUUUCCAUAAUUAAUGAAAAAUCAGAAAUUAGUAAAGUUAUUAUUUACUCAUGGGAUGUAUCCAAAGAAAUUUAUGGUUACAUCAAGUGUCCUGAUUGCAGUCUUAUCUCUGAAACUGUUGAAGAAAUGAAGUCUCAUAUCUUCAACUGUGAGAAGAACCCAUCAGCUUUUGCCUAUGAAUGUCACAAAUGUAAUGGAAAGGUCACUAGCCAAACAAGUCUAAACCAUCACAUGGUCGAAUGUCACAGUGACUCCGUGCUAGAUGACACUUUCAUUGAAAACUAUUCCAAUUUUUGGAAGGAGCAAAUUGAUAGUCAUGGAUUUGCCAGAUGCAGUAAUAGGUGUAAAUUCGUCCAUAUUGAUUGUUCAAAGUUGAAACAACACUUUAAGGCUUCCUGUUCAAAGGAAGCUGGGUGUCACCCUGUGAUGUACUGUGAUAAUAAAUCGUGUUCUGUUUGGUCAACUUCAAAUUUAGCUCUAGUCAAGCACCAACAAUUUGAGCAUGAAGGAAAAACUAGUGGUCCAAAAGAUGCAACAUGUGAAAUGAACUCUAAAAAGAAAAUUGACAAGCAGAUUUGCAAAAACAACAGUGAAAGGAACCUGACUAGCCGAAUCUCAGAAAGUUUUUCUCCCAAAAAAGAAGUUACAAUGAUGGAUUCUCAAGUUGAAGGCAAAUGCAUUAAAAUUGAAAAGCGAACAAAAAGUCGAGAAAAUGCUACUGUGGGCCGAUCAUCAUUAGAAACCAAGGUACCUAGUUCAAAACCUGGUGGCCUGAAAAAAAAUCACGGUUUGGAAGCUGAUUCAAACACAAAAAUCUCGACCUCGCUGAAAACAACAAAUAUGAUUUUUCAACAUCCAAAGGAAGUUAUACCGAAGGAAGAGAUACCGAAAAACGAUGACCUUUACCAGCUGCAAACGCCAUCUGAUGCAGAUAAUGAGAUUACAAUAGAUGAUCCCUUGGCUUGUGAAAGUGAAGACCAAAUUCUAUUUGUUAAACAGAAUGAUUAUUCAAGAUUAGAGGAUGGUGCCUUUAAUAAAAUAAAAGAAGAAGAAAUUGUCAGUGAAGAAGAUGAUGAUGAUACGAACUCGAUCUACAGUAAUACUUUAGCGUCUCCAGGAAUGAAAUUAAUUGUUGAAAAUACAAUAAAGUGCUAUUCUAGAAUGGCUGAAAUAUCCAAACAAAAUCAUUCGAAACAAGAACAUGUAACUAAUCCGAUGAAUGAACCGAAUGGAGAAAAUAUCAAAGAAAGAAUUGAGUCACAAAUUAAACGUUAUGAUAGAAAUGGAGAUUCACCAAUCAACAUGUUUUCAAGUAGACAGAGAACAUAUAGUUCUACAAAAAACAUUGGAAAAUAUAACAAGAAGUAUGGUUCAUCAACUGAAAACGAGAUCAAACCCAAAUUAUGUGAUAACGUCAUGCUAGUGAGAAAAGAUUCCAGUACAUUAGGUGACAAGAAGAAUGAUGAUGUUUCGAAAGUUACAGAAAUUUCAAGCAGUGUGUGUUCAACUGCUUCUCUGUCAGCAACUCCCAACUGUGAUAAUACUAGCGAAAAUCUUGUAAAAAAUAUUUUAGAAUUUAAAAUUAAUACCAGUAAAAAACAACUGUUAAAUAGUUGUGGCAAGAGUAAUAACACUAGGAAUCGUAAUCAGCUAGAAGUUGAAGAUGUUUGCAAAGACGAAUUGACUGAAGACGCAAGUGGUACGGAUGAGUCUCUCAACCCUCAAGUUGAUGUUUCACCUCCAGAAGAAAAUGAACCAUUUAAUACGUGUAGCCACGAGAAUGUUCACUCACUAAAUAAAAACAAAAAAGGAAGACCAAAAAACAUAAGUAUGGAAAAAGAUCUAGUCAAGAAUAAACCAGUUACUCCGCAAAAACGGGGCAGAAGUGAACGAUUACGAAAGAUGAGUAGUGGAUUGGAACCAGAUUUGCAAGGAGAAGUACACAACGAAUCUGGGAAAGACAUUCAAGAGAAAAGCGAUCUUGCAGAAAAUGAACGUUUUAAAACAGUCAAUAGUGAUCUGAACUAUUCUGUUCAAACUUCUCUAGUGAAAAAUGAUCAUCUUAAUAGUUCGAUUCAAGUGCAAAAACAGAAAGAAGCACUCAAAAUGAGUGGUAGUUCAACAGAAAUCGCUCCAAAAUCCAAGGAUGAAUCACCAACAAUUCAAAAGAAACGUGGACGACCUAAAAAGAUCAGUUUAGAUUCUCUAAGCAAAUCGGAAAAAGUGGUUCCAACUCUCAAUUCGCAAGAAGAAGAGGAAGAAACUUUUAGUAAUGUAGUUGUCGAAGAAAGAAAGAAUGUGGUAGAAUGUGAGCCGAUGAAAUCCGAGGGACGUAAAACAUAUAAAAGAAGAUCAAUCGCAAAAAGUUCUGCAACAAAGUAUCAUGAAAUCGAAUUGGGAAAAACCUCUGCUUCAAUUGAAAAUUCCGAUAAUAAUGCACAGAUUAUUGAAAAGAAGCAGAUGGGAACCAAAAAAAUGAGUUUCUCUCGUGAAGAUCUUACAUCAAUUCCGAAAAAACGUGGACGACCUAGAAAAAAUAGUCUAGACCCAACUCUCUCAGUACAAGAGCAAAAACAACCCGAAUCAGCCUGCUCCAACAUAAACAAUAAUCCGGAUGCAAUUGAAACAACCUCCACAACAGAGAUAGUUUUCCCUAAUAUUGAAGUGAAAGCUAGAAAGAAACGACAAAAGUCUCAGAAAAUGUGCAGUAGAUUGGAAGAAGAGGUUUCAAGAGGCUCUGAACAAGAAGAAAUUGAAAAACAAAUGAUUAAUAAUCAGGAAGAAGUAGAUACCACCAUCCCAGAACGUGAAAAACUUGAACACAAUACUGAAAUCCCUGAAGCCUUCAGCAGUGACCACGCACAGAUAUCUGAAGAAAUAAGCACCGCCUCAUCUUUUCCAAAUAUUCAAAAGAAGCGCGGAAGAUCUAAAAGAAGGAAACUUGGUCAAGACGAGACUUUGAAAAGCUUUGAUGAAGCAUGUACACAAAUCGAAAACCGUAAGCGAUCUCUGGAUUCAACACAUCAGAACUCAAAGAUGAAAGACAGCACAGACUAUGUUGAAAAUGCAUUUGAUGAACAUCCAAAUAUUGAUAGCUAUGAGAAAUCGACAACAAAUGUUGUUGAGGAAACAUCAAUUCCAAUUGCACCUAUGAAGAGAAAGCCAGGUCGACCCAGGAAAUCAGUACCAGCAUUGGUACCGGUUCUCAUCGAACCUAACAUUGACAUUGAAUCCAUGGCUAACCGAGAUCUAGACAAUUCACCAAAGAGCAAUGUUUCGGAAUCGAAGAAAACUGCAGAUUAUUUUGCAGAACACUCAAAUUUAGAUGAUGACGAAUCAGUGCCGGAGAUUGAAAGUGUAUCAGUGAUAUCUUGCAAGCCUUAUGAAACGCCAGCAUCAAGUAUUACCGAUAAAAAUUCCAAGAAAAAGCUUGGUCGCCCCAGAAAAAGGUCGGCUAUUAAUGCAUCUGAAAAUGACCAAGAGAUACAUACAGAAGAAAAUGUUCCGUCAAAGGGAAAAAAAACUUCUUCAAAACCAUUUAAACGUUCAUCUUAUGCACUAGAUAAGAGUGAUUUAGAAGAAACACUUGGUGACGAUGGAGAAGAGAACCCUUCAAAAACGCUUAAAAGAAGGUUGGGACGUGGAAAGAAAAUGAGUGCAACAGCAUUAGACUUUAGUGUAGAUGCAGAAAACUUCAAUAAAUCAUUGGAAACCAAGCGGAAUUUGUGUUCAACGCCUAGACGUCCAGCAAGAAGUAUUACCAAACCUAAAAAGUACAAAGGCUUUCUUCAAGAAAGUCUUAUUGAAAGUAGGCGGUCGUCUUUGAAUUCUGAUGAUUCGGCACACGAUACCCAAGAUAAAGAAUGGCACUUGUCAGAUGCAGUUGAAAAUGUUGAGAUUGAUCCUUUAGACAAAAAUGAAAACCAUUCAUCCGUCGAAAGUCCUAAGCCUAGUAAAGCAAUUUCUGGAAAGAAAAAGAAAAUGCCUCCUAGAAGAACCGUACAAUUGAUUUCCUGUGCUAUUUGUAAAAAAACUAUGACACGGUCACAGUUCGAAACACAUGCCGCUGAACACAAUUAUUUUUGCUGGAUCGAGGGAGAUAUGCCUUAUGAUUUUGAGAAAGAAGAUGACAUUCAUCGCAAUUUUUUUGUAGUUCGAAGAUUCAAGAGUUUCAGAGGUUUCAAGUGCGAUAAAUGCGGCGCUGUGAAGAAGAGCUCGGUGGGCUACCUCAGUCACAAGAGCAUGUGUGGUGCUUCCCAAGUGGAAAAAGAAAAUCUGAAAGUGUGUUGUCCGGUAUGUAAACGUUUUAUGCUGCCUUCAAGUUUGAAAGUGCAUAUGGGUACCGAUCACAGGCCUACCACCAAACUUCCUAUCCAACAGGAAGCACAAGUAACUGACAGUAGUAACAAGAGAGCUGCUGCCACAAGAGCUGAAUUAAAUUUCGAAGAUGAGCUAGAUGCCAUGGAAUCAGAAGAGGCCAAAGAGCAGCAAGUGAGAAAGUGGUUUUGUAGUAAAAAGAAAGAUCAUACUACCUUGACAGGCGAGGAACUAGAUCUAGAAAUUAACAGUGAACUGAUGUGUCGUCAGCCCUCUUGUUCAUUUAAAACUGAUGACUUAGAUACCUUACAAGCUCAUCAAACUACAUGCUUAAAGCUCAACAGGGACUAUGAGUGCAGAAUUUGUGGAAUUCGGGUGAAAGAGCUUUUAGACAUAAAACAUCAUAUUCUAACAAAUCAUGCACAAGUUAUUGAAAAUGAUCAUUCAGACUUUGAACUUGGAGAAGAAUCUGAACAAGACGAAGAUUUUCCUCAUCAAGAAAAUAAGAAUCCAUCACAACCGAACUUAGUUCAUCUGAGACCAAGAUUUGUAGCAGACGAAGCCCAACGAACAGGAUUGAAUUUUAUCUAUCGUCAUAUGCAAAGGAACCAUGACAGAUUGCAGGCAAAUUUUCAAGACUCGUCGUUGUAUAAGGAACACCUUGCAGUUCCAAAUGGCUUCCUGAACGAGGAUGAUCUGUUACAUUACUUACCCAAAACUCAAGAAUCGAUGAGAAUAUCAACGGGUACGGAGCAUUGGGAGCAACUCAAACUGAUGGAGUGCCGGACAAUCGAAGGUAUGCCAACGUUGCUGUCUCAUUCAAUUGUUCUCAACAAAACAAUAUUUAAUAAUAGUGUCAACAAUAUUAAUAAACUACGUAACAUCACCCAAUCUCUUUCAGUUUUUAAAGCGGUGUCCUGUCACCCCGACAUGGAUGCCGUCUACAGCAUGGGAGACGUUCACUCCCACAAAAAUCUCAUCCAGAUCUGGGAUUUUGGUCCACUCAACCUGUGCAGUUCAGUUUUGCCUUGGCCGACUCUGAGCAUCGGCAUAGCUCACAGCCAGGGGACAGCGUGGGACGUGAGCUGGUGUCCGGAAGGCUGCCAUCAGCCGGACAGUGGCCGACUCGGCUUGCUGGCAGUCGCCUUCUCCAGUGGCAUUGCCCACAUCUACAGCGUGCCUCUAGUCACCAUUCAAACAGGGAAACCGUUUUACAAAUUGACACCUGUGGUAGAGUUGACUCCACCCUACGAUGAACCUGUUCAAUGCGUUCGAAUUACAUGGUCGUCUGAUUCCCCUUUCAAUGUUGUUGCUGUUGGCUUCAUCGAUGGAACCAUCGCAUUGUAUAAUAUCACUACAUCAAGUAUAUUAUUGAGAGAUGGCAUAAAAAUCCAUCCCUACAAAGUGUUCACAGCUCACACCGAGAGCAUUACAGGACUUCAAUUCAUCUCAAAUAAAACUGGAGAUAUUCUGAUGUCAAGUUCACUUGAUAAGACUUUGAAAUUUUGGAACUUGUUGGAUACAUCAGCGCCAAUUUCAACUUGCAGAAAAAUAACGCCAAUCAGGGAUGCCAUGUGGUUGAAUAACUGGCUCUGCGCUGUCAGCGUCAAUGACGAUGGCUACACGAAUGGGAUGAGUCACCUACAUUUGAACAAUUUCAGAGACUUAUUUUAUCUGCAAACUGUUCCUUGGAUACCUGUAGACAAUACUCAAUGGAGUGUAACUGCCAGCGAAUGGUCAAAUUCGAUUGCUAUGGCAAGUGAAACCGGUGAAAUCCGCAUUGUCUAUCCCCAUCAAUUAUUCUCCAUUGAUAAAUCAACAAAAAGAGCUUCGGUGCAAGCUACAACAAGAACAACAUUGAUAAAACUCCAUUCAGAAGGAGAACUGGAUACAUCUGGUCCAAGUAACUACAAAGAUGCAGCAGAGAACUAUGGUCUGGUCUUCACUGAGAACCAGGGAGCUACUGAAAAUCCUGGCAAGGAAAAAAGUGCUACAAAAUGUUUAUUUCCCGUCAAAUCGAUAAAUAAGAUCUCAUUCAAUCCGAACAGACAAGCCUUCACAUACCUUGCAAUUGGUUAUCAUUGCGGCGUGGUUAGGGUGAUUCGGGACAAACAUUUCGAUUAUGCCAAAGCUGAAAUCAACAACUUUGCUGACAGUCUCCUAAUGCGAUAAUUUUCACACUCUUCCAUAUUUGCUAUUUCAUUACUCUUGAGUGUAAAUUGUCUAUGAAAUAAUCAUUGUUACGUAACCUAUGAAUUAAAUUAAUAAUUAGUGAUUAAUUAAUAAUUAUCAAUAAUUGAUCAAUUAUUUAAUUCAAUUGAGGUUGCAUUAUUCGUGGCUUAUAAUGCAAAAGUUCAUAAUUAAAAUCAAAUCAAACUCAUUCAAAAAGUUUUUCCUCAAUUCUACUGGAUAUUAUUCAUGCAACAAUUCUCUUCUUUAUACUUGUAUACGUUAAUAAUUUCUAUUAAUUUGUUUAGUAAAGCUACCUGUAAUGAUCAAUUUAUUAGCUAAAAUAGAAAUAAAUAUAUAUUUAUAAAAUAGAAAUGUUGUAUCCAACUAAUAUUAAGAGCCACCCUUAUAUUUAUUUACAUAUCUAUUGUGGGAUGGUCGUAAAUGAAAGUUUGAUUUACCGAAUUGGAAUAGAUUUCUAUUAUUUUUAAUGAAAAUUUUAGUAAUUAUUAAACAUAAUAAUUAUGUUCUCUUCGACUGAGUUAUACGUUUUUAAUCGCUGUAUAAAUUAAUAAUCUAUUCUACUUUAAGUAGAUAUAUAUAAUGUAAAAAUGUGUAUACAACAUGACUGUAUAAUACGGUAUGUCAUUAAUUUUGUUGAAAAGUUCAUAUUUUAUGUAACAUAUGAGAUGUGAAUAAUGUAUCCAAUACAAUAAUAAAACUCAUAAUUUCAACUGAACUAUGUAAACUUAACUUUGAGAUUGAAGCUCUAAAAAUAGGUUAUGACAAAUUUUGGUUGUACAGUUGGCUGGAAAUCAAAUCAUGUGAAACUCAAAAGAAAGUUCCUUUCAUCGAUGAAUUCUUAAUAGAAU